GCGAGCUGCGGGAAGCGGCGGGAGCGCGCAGCGCCGGGAGCCGCGGGCGGGGGCGCGCGGCACGGCGUCUCCAGCGGCGGCGGCGGCGGCUAUGGCGGCGGCGGCCUCCCAGCGAGACCCGGGGGACUGGCAAGACUUUUCGGGCUUCCAGCCCUCGGCGGGGAACGGCACCGAAGCUGCCCGCGACAAAGGCGGCUGGGGCGGCGGUGGGGAUUUGGUGGCGAAGUUGUCCCUCUGUUUUGAGCCCCCGCAGGCCCGGUCUGGCGGCGGCGAGAGCCGCGUUCCGCUGCGGCCCCUCACGGAGCAGAGCGCCCUGCAGGACGACGAGAUUUGGAAUGCUUUGACUGAUAAUUAUGGUAACGUAAUGCCUGUUGACUGGAAAUCUUCACACACCAGAGCUUUGCACUUGCCAACACUGAAUCUUUCAGAAAAAGGGGUAAAUGAUAACUUGAACCUUGACCUGUCAGAUGAUGAAGAGCUGAGAGAACAGUUGGAUAUGCAUUCUAUCAUUGUUUCCUGCAUCAAUGAUGAACCUCUCUUCACAGCAGAGCAGGUGAUUGAAGAAAUAGAGGAAAUGAUGCAGGAAUCACCUGAUCCAGAAGAUGAUGAAACACCCACCCAAUCAGAUCGGCUCUCCAUGCUUUCCCAGGAAAUUCAGACGCUCAAGAGAUCCAGUACAAAUAAUAGCUACGAAGAGAGAGUAAAAAGAUUGUCUGUUGCUGAGUUAAAUGAACUCCUAGAAGAAAUUGAGACUGCUAUUAAGGAUUAUUCUGAGGAACUGGUACAGCAGUUGGCUCUACGAGAUGAGUUGGAGUUUGAGAAGGAAGUGAAAAACAGCUUCAUUUCUGUGCUCAUCGAAGUACAAAACAAGCAGAGAGAACACAAAGAAACGGCAAAGAAGAAAAAGAAGCUGAAAAAUGGUAGUCCUCAGAAUGGCAAACAAGAGAGAGGUCACAUGCCUGGAACACGCUUCAGCAUGGAAGGGAUCUCAAAUGUCAUACAGAAUGGCUUCCGCCACACGUUUGGAAACGCAGGUGGAGAGAAACAGUACUUAACAACCGUCAUUCCUUAUGAGAAGAAAAAUGGACCCCCAUCUGUGGAAGAUCUUCAAACACUAACUAAAAUCCUGCAUGCCAUGAAAGAGGAUAGCGAGAAAGUGCCAAGCUUGUUAACAGACUAUAUUUUAAAGGUUCUGUGUCCUACAUGAAGAGGGCUGCCUUUCAGAAUUAACCAUGCUCCUUUCUGUGAUGAGAAGCUUUCCAUGGAUAUAACUCAGUAUUUUUUCAUUUGGCACUAUACUUAAACCAGUAUGCAUUUGCCUCCUCUGUAUGUGCGUGGAUUUUCUGAUCCUACAGUAAGUCUUCUGGGCAUGACAACUCAUCCAUUUUAACUUAAUAGUGCAAUGAACUGGAGCAGGGAACAAACAUUGUACAGUUUUACUCACAAUUGUUCUGGCUUUUUAAAGUCUAUUUUUACAUUGUAUAGCAUGUAGUAAAUCCUCCUGCACAUUUUGUUGUUGGAAGGAAAAGCAGACUUUGAAUAGUGUAAAUAAAAUAAGCCUAGCUUUAAGGAAUCCAUAUUUAAAAGCAUCCUUAGUUCCUAUAGCAAAGAUGCAAAAGGGUCAUAGUCAGGCUUGGACUGAAAGAUUCAAGUGAGUUCUCCAGAAGCACUCCAGAACAGUGUUGGUGGAAGUCAGCAUUUGACACUUCUUUUAAAACAGUAAUUUUGGUUGAACUAUACAACAGUAUUGUUCAUACAUUGAACAAAUCCAGAUUCUCUGAUGGUUUGGCAUAAAUAAUUGGUGUGUUAGCUAUCCUUGUUAUUUAACAUAAACAUCCAAGUAAUGUAAUAUUUCAUAUUUGUUUUUAAUUAUUAAUGUUCAUGUGGCUUAGAUAUUCUCCCAUAUUGCUGCUAUAAUUUUACUGGUUUUAAUAUGUGUUUGAUCUCAAUGAAAAUGCUUCAAUAUAUAAACAUUUUAAAAGGCUAUAUCUUUUUAAAAAUACAUGUACAGUUUGAAAAACUUGCACCUGGGUUCCAAGUUAGUAUUAUAUUUAGAUGUUUGUUGUUGUGUAUCUUUAAAUUUUACUACAAAUCUGUUGUAAAUUGUAUGCACUGUCUCCUCUGUGAUGAUGUAUCUGCAUUCAAACAGAUGAGAAUGUAUUUUACAAAUCUUGUAAAAAAAAAAAAAAAAAAAAAAAAAAAAAAAAAACCCAACCAUACCCCAUAAUUUCAACAUUAAAUACUUGUCACAAAUAAUUUUGCCAGUCUUAAAGAUUAGAUUGAAAUAUAAGGAGUACUAAUAAAAAUAAAGGAACUAUUUUCUAGGUUGAAUUCCUAUUGAUUUUACACACAGAUUUAUAUACCAUAUAUGUGAAGGCACUGGAAGAUAAGGUUCUAAGAGAUAAACAUGUCUUUUCUUCAACCAGGUUUUUUCCAUUUAAAGUCUUCAGUCUUUUUGUAAGUUGAAGAGAAAUUUGCUCCUGAAUACCUUUUGUCACUUCUUUAAUACUCAGUUUUAUGAUCGUCACCAAAUAAUCAUUUUGAUCAGUAAAACACAUUCAGUUUGAAAAUAGUUCUCGUAAUGCUUUCUCAUUAUUUUUUUUUUCUAAAGGCCACAAUAUUGUCUUCUGUGCCUUUUCAGUCGGUAGAGUUUUCAGCUUAAACUUCUUUCCUCCCUCUCCCACUUGACCACCAAUGGAUACUUGCCAGCCUGCUCAGGAAUAAAUGGAUCCUCUGCAUUGUGUGUCAUGUGAGGAAGUUUUUUUUGUUGCUUUUGUUCUCCUUCAUUUGUGGUUUUUCUAACAAGAAAGUUGCUGUUUAUUUCUGUAGCUGAUGUGUUAUGAAGUCAUUAUGGCAUGCUUGUUCUAUAGACAUGCUUGAUGUUGACUGUUGAUGCCUGGAAAUUGGCAAAGGGCAUGACCCUGCUUUGCUUUUUUUUUUUUUUUUUUUUUUAAAAAAAAAAAGACGCACAAAUUGUGAAACACACCACCUCUCCAAACGGAGACAUCUCUAUUCAGAGAUGCUUCAGUCUACUUUUGAGGCUUGAGGUGAAAAGAUAGAGCAACAAAAAAAAAAAAAAACCAACAAACCUUUUGAUAAAGUUUGUGUUGUUAGGUGCAGCAAAUCUUGGAUGACUUAAAGUCAUGACAUACUAGAAGUAGUAAAACUUGAAUGAAAACCCAACACUAAAGACCAGAAACAGCUUUAGUGAGCUAAGCAUCAGCUUGGGUAUAUCUUGGCCCUCAUCAGACUAAAUAGGAUUUCAUUAUGAAAAGUACCUGUUUGCCUUGUAUAUAGAAUCCUGGCAUUAAACAACAGCCGCCAAAGGUGACAAAUAUUAUAUAUAUAUGUAUACACACAUACACUUAUAUAUGUACAUAAAAAAAUAGAUCUCAAAAUAUUUGAAUAAAAAGAACCAUGCAAAUCUG